CUGUAGAUGUGCUCGGAGCACCGGAUUAUCCAAACAGAACGCUGAACGUGCAUCUCUUCCCACUGCGCGCUCCCAACGUGUCACAUCUCACCAAAGUGCAUGAGAGAAACCGAGCAGAGAGUGAAGAAUACACGAACCCUUUCUUGAAUCUGCCAGGUUGACAGCAAAGACAGCAUGCCGAAGCACGUGGAGGUACGAAUGCACGAAAGCCACCUGGAGCCCAUCGAAGCCCGGCCGCGCUCCAAAUUGGGUACAAUAUGCCAGAAGUUGUGCAAGAACCUGCUGCUCACGCUAACUGUGUUGGGUGUGAUUUUGGGAGCUGUCUCUGGUUCGCUGCUGCGUUUUGCUUCCCCCAUCGAUGACAACAUCGUCAUGGUAAUUGCCUUCCCUGGAGAUAUUCUAAUGAGGAUGCUAAAAAUGCUCAUCCUUCCCUUAAUUAUCUCCAGCUUAAUCACAGGUCUCGCUGGUCUGGAUGCAAAAUCGAGUGGUCGAUUGGGUUCUAGAGCCAUGAUCUAUUAUAUGUCCACUACUGUCAUUGCUGCUGUGCUGGGAGUUAUCCUGGUCUUGCUCAUUCACCCUGGAAAUCCAAAACUGAAGGAAAAUCUAGGAGAAGGAGCAAAGAAUGAUGAGGUCUCCAGUCUUGAUGCCUUUUUUGACCUUAUCAGAAACCUGUUCCCGGAGAACUUGGUUCAGGCUUGCUUCCAGCAGAUCCAGACUGUUGUGAAAAAGGAAGAAGUUCAACCUGAUUUUGACGACAACAACAGCAGCACGGUUGACUACCUCUUAAACGCCACGAAACCUCCACCCAUUUACAUAGACAAGAAAUCCCUGCAGUAUAAGAGUGGAAUGAAUGUUUUGGGUGUAAUUGGAUUCUUCAUUGCCUUUGGUAUUUGUAUGGGCAAGAUGGGAGAGAAAGCCAGACUCAUGAUUGAAUUCUUCAACAUUCUCAAUGAGAUUGUCAUGAAGCUGGUUAUUAUGAUCAUGUGGUACUCACCCUUUGGUAUCGCCUGCUUGAUCUGUGGGAAGAUCAUCUCCAUUAAAGAUCUGGAAGUGGUGGCGAGGCAGCUGGGGAUGUACAUGGUGACCGUUAUCGUUGGUCUGAUCAUCCAUGGCGCCAUAUUCCUGCCUUGCAUCUAUUUUGCAAUUGUAAGGAAAAAUCCCUUCUCGUUCUUCAUGGGGAUCUUCCAGGCCUGGAUCACAGCUCUGGGCACAGCUUCGAGUGCUGGCACUCUUCCCGUCACGUUCCGUUGUCUUGAGGAGAACCUGGGCAUUGACAAGAGAGUCACGCGUUUUGUGCUUCCAGUUGGAGCAACGAUUAACAUGGAUGGAACGGCACUCUAUGAGGCUGUGGCUGCCAUUUUUAUUGCCCAGAUGAAUGGAAUUGACUUAGAUCCUGGUCAGAUCAUCACUGUCAGUCUUACAGCAACACUUGCCAGUGUUGGAGCGGCCAGUAUUCCCAGUGCUGGUCUGGUCACAAUGUUGCUCAUUCUGACAGCAGUUGGGCUGCCCACUCAAGACAUCAGUCUGCUAGUAGCUGUUGACUGGCUUCUGGAUCGUUUCCGUACCUCAGUCAAUGUAGUUGGAGACUCGUAUGGAGCUGGUAUUGUGUACCACCUGUCCAAGGCGGAGCUGGAUGCCCUGGAUGCCCAGCACGGGAAGUCCGAUGACAUUGAGAUGAUGACCAAGACCCAGUCCUACUACGAUGACCUCAAAAACCAUCACGAAAACAACUCCAACCAGUGCGUCUUUGCUGCUCAAAAUUCAGUCUUGGUAGAUGAUUGCAAGGUAACCUUGGCAGCCACAAACGGCUCAGCUGCAGAGUAUACACUUGAGGAAGAACCGCGGAAAAACAAUUAAUGCAAGCACACAGACCCCCGGCACCCAAAAUGUGGAAAAAAACAGACCUAUUGUCAUGCACAAAUGAUGGGUUUUGUAGUUUGUUUGUUUUGUUUUUUAUCCAUUUUUUAACAUGUUUAACAAUAUAUUCUGGUUGUCUGAAGUAACACAAGAUUAUGAGGCCAAAAGCUCACACAUGCAGCUGAAGUGAUAAUAUGAGGCAGUUAUGUAAAUUAUUCAUGAUGCUAAUAUAUGUAAAUAUAUAUAUGAAAUUCCAAAUCUAUGUAUGGUGUGGAAGGGUUUUUCAUCAGGGGAAAAUUUACAAAUAACUCCAUUCACUAGAUUUAUUUCAUGCAGAGUCAUUACCCUACCAGCUGCUCUUGAUAUGAACAGAAUCAAAAAAAAUAACAGAAAGCACCCCAUUCGUCUGCCUUUAGUUCCUUUUGCCUCAUACUAAGACAAAUGAAAUACCUUGCACAACACCUCUUUCUUCAAACAAAUAUUUAAGCAUUACUCUCAUAGAGUAAUGUGGUGUUGCUAGGAUACAAAUGUAGAGAUGGAGGCGACUGCAGACAGAUGGAACUUAAAGCACAAGCAUGUUUAGACGUAAACCCUCCCCCUCCGCUUUAUCACAUUGCUCAGAGGGGUGGGAUUAUUUGUAUUCUGUCAAGAAUAGAAUGGUUGAUAGGGUGUUGCUUAUUAACUGUAUGUUGGAGAGCCUGUAGCACACAUACACAAAAGCAAAAGAUCCUUUCAAGCACAUUAUCAGUCUACCAUUUAAGGUCUUUAAAAAGCCCUUAACCUCAUUCAGAUUUACUGAAAUAUAAUAAAAUAUGCAAUGUGCGCCUUAUUUUAAGUUCAUGUAAAAGCACAAACUGUCUAUUUUUGUUGUACAACCAAAACAAAGCCUGUGCAUGUGCAUGUCAUACACCAGUGUGAAAAACAGUUUAUGGAACUCUCUACAUUCCUGAACAGCAUCUUUUUAAAUUGCAUUAUUUUAUACACCGUUUUGUGGUAAACCUAUGAAGGUAAAAUUUUAUUUAUUAAUUAAAAAAAAGUAGAAAUACGUUUUGUAAAGGUGCAAAUUAAGUUGCAAGUGUAAGUAACAAAUAUUAGCAAUAGUGUAAUUCAUGUGUUGUGAAUCUGUAAUUUCAUAUUAAUUCAAAGUAAAUGUGUUAUGUGGUAUAAAUGUGUGUAUUCAUCUGCCUUAAUUUUUUUUUGCGCUUACACAUCAAAAUGUGGCCAAAAACACUGCAAGCCUGCAAUCAGAGAUAUGUAUGCAAAGAAAGGGUGUCAUGAACAUCAAAAUGCAUAGAAUCAGUCUGUAUGAGUAAAAUAAACUACUGCA